AUGGCUCAAGCCGCGACCGAGCCCUUUCCUCCUGUGCACCCGGUGCGCAAAGACGCCAGCGCCACUCUGAGCAGCGGCUCGCGCCGCCGCAGGAAGUCUAGCAACCUCGGCGACGACCCCAGGGGAGACACUUCGACCAUAGCUUUAGCUACCGCCUUUGACGGCCAGGCCCCGGUCAGCGGACGCACCCCGGACAAGCAUGGCCGGCACUCGAAGCGCCGGCGGACAAAGUCCCUCCUGAGGCGCUGGUGGAAGCUGUCCAUGCGACACACCUGGCUCAACCCGCUCAUCCUCUGCCUGAUCAUCGUCUCUCUCUACCUCGUCAGCCCCACGCCCGAAAACCCGCUGCACGCCGCCCUGUUCCUGUCCUACCCUCUCCCGCGCGCUCCCGACGCCGACCCCUCCACUCCCAUCCAGUAUGGCAAGGGCGCCAAGGAUUUUGCUUUCGUCGGCUUCUAUAUAAUCGUCCUCUCCUUCACCAGGGAGUUUCUCAUGCAGCGCAUGCUUCGUCCGUUGUCCGUCUACGCCGGCAUUAGGUCGCGCGCCAAGCAGGCCCGCUUUAUGGAGCAGGUCUACACGGCCAUAUACUUUGGCAUCUUUGGUCCGUUUGGCUUGUACGUCAUGUCGCGCACGCCCGUGUGGUACUUCAACACCGUCGGCAUGUACGAGGGCUUCCCACACAAGUCGCACGAAGCCGUGUUCAAGGCGUACUACCUUCUCCAGGCCAGCUACUGGGCGCAGCAAGCAAUUGUUCUGCUUUUGAUGCUUGAAAAGCCGAGAAAGGAUUUCAAGGAAUUGGUCAUGCACCACAUCAUCACGAUCGCUCUGAUUUGGUGCAGCUACCGUUUCCAUUUCACCUACAUGGGAUUGGCCGUCUACAUCACGCACGACAUUAGUGAUUUCUUCCUUGCCACAUCCAAGACUCUCAACUACCUUGACUCGUCCUUGGUUGGCCCUUACUUCGGUUUCUUCAUUUUCGUCUGGACGUACCUCCGUCACUAUGUCAACCUCAAGAUCCUCUGGUCCAUAGUCAACGGUCAAUUCUCGUCCAUUGGUCCUUUUGAGCUGAACUGGGAGACUCAGCAGUACAAGUGUUGGAUCUCGCAAUACAUCACAUUGGCACUGCUCAGCAGCCUACAGGCCGUCAACCUCUUCUGGCUCUUCCUCAUUGUGCGCAUCGCGUAUCGGUACGUCGUUACCUGGGGUGAGGAGGUCAAGGAUGAACGUAGCGAGUACGAGGAGAGCGACGUCGAAGGCGAGACGCCCGAGAAGAGCUCCAACGGUAAGGCCGUCGAGCCUGCGCCUCAAGUCCUUCUUAACGGCGAGCCGGUCGAGGGUGAAGCGGCUACGACCGCUACCGAGCCUGCGGCAAACGGCACACAGCGCAAGGGCCGGUAA